AUGUUUGCAGAGCCGUCAAUGCCAGAACGCCGGCCCUCGCCAGGCCUGCAGCUCAACCUUUCCUCAAACAACCCCUUCCGCAGAGCUGCCUCGCCCGGUUAUCCCUCUCCCGCAUUUCCUUCUCCCGCAAGUGCCACCAACCGCUCCAGCUCCGGCAGCAGACCAAUGUCGCGAAAUCCCUUUAUCUCGACCUUCGAGGCCGAGUUUAACAAGGAAGCUUCGCGCGACCUUAUCGACAUGUCUGCAAACAUGAAGGAAUCGCCCAAGAAACCCACCUUUGGCUCGGCCACCGAGGACAUCUUUAAGAGCCUAUCCAUCGAUGACAGCGACAAGAAGCCAGCUCCUCCCUCACGCCCAGCCCCUAACCGAAGCGGUACCGAUCCCCGUGCAGCCCACCGCCCAUCUCGAUCUGAUGAGGAGAGGCGGGCACGGGACGGUCCCCGUGGCCCUCCUCGACCACGUGGUCCUCCAGGCUCGUCGCGUCCUCCCCACCCAAACAGCCCUGAACGCCGUGAGACGACUCGGCGCCCCCGACGUAACUCGGAGUCCUCGAUAAUCGACCGAGGCUCUUUGGACCCUCGCGACGACCGCAGGCGCAGGGAGCGCCGCAAGGAGCAUGAGAGUUCCAAGGAUGCAAAGGAUCCUAAGACGGGCAAGCGCGUCCGCAAACCCCAAGGGCUUGAUUUGAUCGACAAGCUCGACGUCACCGGCAUCUACGGACCUAGCAUGAUUCACCAUGACGGCCCUUACGACGCCGUACAGCCACACCGAAACCGGAAGAAGGACACGCGCGCGCCAAUGGAGGCUUUCCCGGUCGGAUCCGCCAAUAACACGCUAGGGGGUGCUGGACCGUUGAACAACAAGAUCGAUUUGGACAGGAUCCACGGCCGAGGCGCCGAGGGUUUCGAAGACUUCAGUACCGCCGAAUCCGAGUGGAAGAAGCCUGUAACUACAGAGUACAGCGCCAAGAGCCGAGACGACAUCGUCCACGGUGAGCAGAGCAACGGUCUUGGAACCUCGACAUUCCUUGAAGGUGCUCCAGCAUCUCGCAAGGCCAUCCAAGAGGACAGCGAUGCUCAGAGGCAAAAGCAGCUUGCUGAGAACGGCCUUGGCCGCAAGAAGUCGAUUGCCCAGCGAUUCCGCGGUAUCUCGCAGCCCCGACGUUAUGGAGACAAUCCUCGCAUCACUUCACCCGAAGCGCGUUACGGAGCCGCGACUAGCCCAAACGGCCACAAUGGGUCCUACAGCACCGGGUCCCUCUCCCAGACCAAGGCUAAUGAAAAGAACCCCUUCUUUAGUGACGACUACGACAGGGCCUACGAUGCCAAGGGAGCGUCCAUUAGGACCGGUGACGCCGAUGGAAGGAUGGGAGCUUCACCACCUCGUGGUGCCGCUUUGCAACGAUCCAUUACUACUGACAGCGCCUCAUCCCCUACUGCCGAAACCAAGCCACCUGGUGGUGGUUUCCUCAACCGCGUCAAGUCUCUCAAGGGUGGACGCCGCCGCCCAGCUUGA